AGAGUGUGCUGGACAUGGCCGCACAGUAGAUGCGUAGUCGUUAAAGUAAUGCAGAUGAAUUUAUGAAAAAAUGUAUUAAAUCAUCACUUCAUUUAAAAAAGGGGACGCACUAUUGCACGACAGCAUGGGAAAGAAAGAUAAAAGUGAUCGAGAGAGGAAGUCCAAGAAGCGUUAUUACGAUGAGGAAGAAGAAGACGAAGAGGUGACGGGCAGUGAGUCUCAGGAGGCCGUACCUGCAGCUGCUGGGAAACAGGUGGAUGAAUCCAGCACUAAACUGGAUGAGUAUGGAGCCAAAGACUACAGAAUACAGAUGAUCCUAAAGAACGACCACUCUGCACGACCCCUAUGGGUGGCUCCUGAUGGUCAUAUCUUCCUGGAGGCUUUCUCUCCUGUGUAUAAAUACGCUCAGGACUUCCUGGUGGCCAUAGCAGAGCCGGUGUGCAGACCCACGCAUGUGCAUGAGUACAAGCUGACGGCAUAUUCUCUGUACGCCGCUGUGAGCGUCGGUCUGCAGACCUCUGACAUCAUAGAGUACCUGCAGAAACUCAGCAAGACCUCUGUGCCUGACGGCAUUGUGCAGUUUAUUAAGUUGUGCACAGUGAGCUAUGGUAAAGUCAAAAUGGUCCUGAAACACAACAGGUACUUUGUUGAGAGUACUUUCCCCGAUGUCAUUCAGAGGCUAUUACAGGACUCUGUGAUUCGAGACUGUCGACUUCGGUCAGCUGUGGGGCAGGAGACAGAGCUCAUCACUGAGGUCAUCUCCAGCAAAUCAGCUAUCUCAAAGUUUCAGCAGGAUAACGGAGGUCCAUCCACCUCUCAGCCUGCAGAUGGGCAGCACUCAGGAACUCAAGUGCCUGAGGACAUCUUCAGUUACUAUGAACAGAUGGAUAAAGAGGAGGAAGAAGAGGAAGAGACACAGACAGUGUCAUUUGAGAUCCGUCAGGAAAUGAUUGAGGAGCUUCAGAAACGCUGCAUUCAGUUAGAGUACCCACUCCUGGCGGAGUAUGACUUCCGUAACGACACAGUGAACCCUGACAUCAACAUGGACCUGAAGCCCACCGCUGUACUGAGACCCUAUCAGGAGAAGAGUCUGAGGAAAAUGUUUGGGAACGGCAGAGCUCGAUCUGGAGUCAUUGUGCUGCCUUGCGGAGCUGGAAAGUCACUAGUGGGCGUAACUGCUGCCUGUACAGUUCGUAAGCGCUGCCUGGUGCUGGGAAACUCCUCCGUAUCAGUGGAACAGUGGAAGGCUCAGUUUAAGAUGUGGUCCACCAUUGAUGACUCCCAGAUCUGUCGCUUCACUUCCGAUGCGAAGGACAAGCCCAUCGGCUGCUCGGUGGCCAUCAGCACAUACUCCAUGCUGGGUCACACUACCAAACGCUCAUGGGAGGCUGAAAGGGUCAUGGAAUGGAUGAAAAGUCAGGAGUGGGGGCUCAUUAUACUGGACGAGGUGCACACUAUUCCAGCAAAGAUGUUCCGUCGUGUUCUGACAAUAGUCCAGGCUCACUGUAAACUGGGACUGACUGCCACACUAGUGAGAGAGGAUGAUAAGAUUGUCGAUCUUAACUUCCUGAUUGGGCCGAAGCUGUAUGAGGCGAACUGGAUGGAACUGCAGAACAAUGGAUACAUUGCUAAAGUCCAGUGUGCUGAGGUGUGGUGUCCCAUGUCUCCUGAGUUUUAUCGUGAAUACGUGGCCAUAAAGACGAAAAAGAGGAUUCUGCUCUACACCAUGAACCCCAACAAGUUCCGUGCAUGUCAGUUCCUGAUCCGCUUCCACGAGAGAAGAAACGACAAGAUCAUGGUCUUCGCCGACAACGUCUUCGCUCUCAAAGAAUACGCCAUCCGCCUGAACAAACCAUAUAUUUAUGGACCCACAUCACAAGGAGAACGUAUGCAGAUCCUUCAAAACUUCAAACACAAUCCCAAAAUCAACACCAUCUUCAUCUCCAAGGUAGGAGACACUUCAUUUGACCUGCCUGAGGCAAACGUGCUGAUUCAGAUCUCUUCUCAUGGUGGUUCUCGCCGUCAGGAAGCUCAGAGACUGGGCAGAGUGCUGCGAGCCAAGAAAGGUAUGGUCGCAGAGGAAUACAACGCUUACUUCUACUCACUUGUCUCUCAAGACACACAGGAAAUGGCAUAUUCCACCAAGAGACAGCGCUUCCUGGUGGACCAGGGAUACAGUUUCAAGGUGAUCACAAAAUUGGCUGGGAUGGAGGAGGAAGACCUAAUGUUCUCCUCUCGAGAUGAACAGCAGCAGCUCUUGCAGAAGGUUCUGGCAGCAUCAGAUAUCGAUGCAGAAGAGGAAGUGGUGAUGGGAGAUAUGGGAGGGAAACCACAGUUUUCUCGUCGUAUGGGAACUAUGAGCUCCAUGUCUGGCGCAGAUGAUACAGUCUACAUGGAAUACCAGAUGUCCCGCGGAAGCAAGGCUGCAGGCUGCAAGAACGUCCACCCUCUUUUUAAACGUUUCCGCAAGUAAAGACAUUCACAGCCUGGCUGCAGCAUUAAAAGGACAUAUCGAGCCAGAGGGGUGUAAGUGGACACCACAACCAAAUAUUGGCCUAUCUGAAUCAGGGUGGCCAACAUAAUGAUAAAAGAUGGUUCAUGGCUGCUUGUGUUUGACAGAACCAGUUAAAGGGAUAGUUCACCCAAAAAUGAAAAUUCUCUCAUUAUUUACUCACCCUCAUGCCAUCCCAGAUGUGUAUGACUGACUCCUCACAAAACAAGUGAAUGGUGAUAUGAUAGGUAGAUAGAUGAGAAACAGGACAACAUUUAAGUCCUUUUUUACUCUAUAUCUCCACUUUAACUUUCAGAUGUGAAAGUGAAACUAAAAAGGCACCACAUGUGACUUUCAGAUGUAAAAGUGAAAGUGGAGAUUUAGAGUAAAAAGGACUUCAAUUUUGUCCUGUUUCUCACACACACCUAUCAUAUCGCUUCUGAAGACAUGGAUUUAACCACUGGAGUCUUAUGGAUUACUUAUAUGUUUCCUUUAUGUGAUUUUUGGAGCUACAAAGGUCUGAUUACCAUUCACUUGUUUUGUGAGGAGUCAGUCAUACACAUCUGGGAAGGCAUGAGGGUGAGUAAAUGAUGAGAGAAUUUUCAUUUUUGCGUGAACUAUCCCUUUAAAAACUGUCAGAAUAAGAUUCAGAAUGAUUCAGGAGUCUAAUAUAAUCAAUAUUACAAACAGGAUGUUUGUAAUGUAAUAAGAUACUUCUUGAAUUUGUUCAGUGAAAUAGAAUUGUAAAGAAGAACUUGAAUUUUGUAGGGUUAAAGCCAAAACGUAACCCUGCCUUUGAAAUGUAACAGUAAGCUUUUAUCAAAUAAAACUUUGGUAACACUUUA